GUUUCAUAAAAACUUACAAAAAUAAAAUUCAACUAGUGCGCGUAUCAUAUCUUUUGCUACUCUCUUCCACACAAAUCAAACACCCAGCACCCACCUCACAAUUUUCCCUUUUAAAGGGAUACCAUCCCUUCCCUAAGUCACCCUGCCCCCUAAACCCUAGUCAAGCUAGCUAGCAAUGGCUGCAGCAUCCAACCUAGCCACAACCAUUUUCAUUUUCUCUCUCCUCCUCUCUUCCUUCUCACCACUCUCUAGUGCUUGUGAUCCAUGCAGGCCCAAACCAAAGCCCUGGACACCUCCUCCGGCGAGCCCCUUUUGUCCUAGAGACACGUUGAAGCUCGGGGCUUGUGUUGACCUUCUUGGAGGGGUAGUCAACCUUGUCAUUGGUUCACCACCCUCCGGUGACAAGUGUUGUCCUUUGCUCCAAGGCUUGGCAGACUUGGAAGCUGCGGCUUGCCUUUGUACCGCCAUUAAAGCUAAUGUGCUCGGGAUUAACUUGGACGUGCCCAUUACGCUUAGUUUGCUAAUCAGUGCAUGUGGCAAAUCCGUUCCUCCCGGUUUCCAAUGUGGCUAGGAAAUGGUGGCCAUUUUCAGCCACUUCGUGCACCACCAUACUCGGUGCAGUUUAUUGGGAUGCUUAUGACUUUUUUGUUUUUUAUCUCAAAGCCCGUGUUGUUGUGAAUUUAAUUUGUUAGAUUGUCUUGCAAAUGUGUUGUUCUAGUGGUCAGUGGUGGUUUGGUGUGUUUGUACGGUUUCUUAAGUUUGUCAUUGUGUUUUAUUUUUGAAUUUUCUUUUGAUUCGGAUUGUGUUGUUUAACUAGGGCGAUUUGUGAUUUGUUCUAAUAAUAACAUGACAGGAUUUUAAAAUAUUUUUCUUUU